CACUCCUCUCAGUCACAAUAUAACUCUUCCACCGCAACAUCAAAAUCCCCCAGUGGUGAAAACACCAAAUAGAUAAAAAAAAAAAAAUCAUCUGUUAGGGUUUGUACUAGUAUGGAGAGUGAUCAGGGCCGUAGGAUGAAGGGAUCAGUGAAGUGGUUCAGUGAUCAAAAGGGUUUCGGUUUCGUGACACCUGAUGAUGGUGGUGAAGAUCUGUUUGUUCAUCAAUCAGGUAUUAGAUCUGAAGGUUUUCGUAGCUUAGCUGAAGGUGAAGCUGUUGAGUUUGAUGUUGAGUCUGGUGAUGAUGGAAGAACUAAGGCUGUUAAUGUUACUGGUCCUGGUGGGGCCCCGGUUAAAGGAACUACACGUGGCAGCAGUGGUGGUGAUCGUUAUGGGGGUGGUGGGUAUGGUGGUGGUGGAUAUGGAGGUGGAGGUGAUCGUUAUGGGGGUGGGGGUGGUAGGUAUGGUGGAGGGCGUGGUGGGUAUGGUGGUGGUGGUGGUGGGUGUUACAAGUGUGGUGAAGAAGGGCAUUUUGCUAGGGAGUGUAGCCAGGGUGGUGGGUAUGGUAGUGGGGGUGGUGGGUAUGGUGGCGGUGGCGGUAGGUAUGGUGGUGGGGGUGGGAGAUAUGAUCGCUAUGGCGGCGGCGGUGGUGGUGGUGGUGGUUGUUUUAAUUGUGGGGAAGAAGGGCAUUUUGCACGUGAGUGUCCCAACAGUAGUAAUCGUUGAAGAUUGAAUGUUUUUGAUGUUUUUUUUUUUUUUGUUUUUGGGUCUGGUCAUUUACAUAAGGGAUAAACAAUUUUAAUGUUUUUGAAUGAUCAUUUUGCAUAUGGUCGGUCACCUUUUUACGUUCGUCAAGUAUGAUUAGGAUAUGGUUCCCUCAUUUGUUAUUUGCCUAUUUAGGAGUAAUAGUGGUUAUGGAUUAAUGUUUGAGCUUGAAUAUUUUGGGAAUGUGCACUUUUUGUACAUGUAUACAUACAUGCUUGGAAGAUUGAUCAAUUAUCAAGUGCUAGCUUCUGUUGCA